UCUGGGUAGGCAGUGUGUGGAGCACCGGAAGAGCGAAGCAUGAUGGGAACUGUAGUUUUUCUCUAGGACCCCUGGCAUUUGAUGCCCGGGCUGCGGUGAGUCAGACUUCUAGCAGAGAGAUGGACGGCGAUGAUGAUGAUGAUGGUGUCCCUCAGCUCUCGGCCCACACGUUGGCGGCGCUGCAGGAGUUCUACACUGAGCAGCAGCAGCGGGAGUCUCUGAAGUCAGGAUCGGGCUAUGACAAGUUUGCGGUUGGAGCUGUUGAAGAAGACUGGCAAUUGAGCCAGUUUUGGUACAGUGAUGACACUGCGCUGAGCCUGGCUAAAGAGGCAGUAGAGGCAUCUGGGAAAAACGGAAGGAUCGCUUGUGUGAGUGCUCCCAGCAUCUAUCAGAAGCUUAAAGGGCUGGUCGGAGAUGACGUGACUGUGUGCUUGCUGGAAUACGACAGGCGCUUUUCGGUGUAUGGAGAUGAGUUCAUCUUCUAUGACUACAAUAACCCAUUGGACCUCCCAGAGAGGCUGCAGCAGCACAGUUUUGAUGUAGUAUUCGCGGAUCCCCCGUACCUGUCUGAAGAAUGUCUGCACAAAACAGCUCAGACCAUAGAGUUCUUGUCCAAGGGGAAAGUCCUGCUGUGCACGGGUGCGGUGAUGGAAGACUCAGUGACUCAGAUCCUUGGACUGAAGAUGUGUACAUUUCUUCCAAAGCACAACCGCUCACUUGCCAACGAGUUCAGAUGUUUUGCCAACUAUGAAAUAGGUCUUGAUGCAGCAUCCUGAAUACCUGGCAUCUCAUACCGGUGUCUGGUCCUGUAGAACUGGAUCCAGUACUGGGACCAGCAGCAGUAACCCCCGAGGACUGGAUCCUACGCGACUCUCACAGAUCACCAUUUUAUGGGAAUGUAGAUUUGUUUCAUCAGGAGCCUUUCCCUCUCCGGUAUCUGCAGCCCGCACAGGAAUACGUCCCCAAGAAUUCUUCAUAUGCGGCUUGUUGAGAAAUUCCUAUUAAAUGAGACCCCUGAAUACUGUGAACUCUGCUCCAUAGGUACAGUGGCUAUCUAGCAACUAAGCGUUGCUCCAUCUGUACAGCAUGUUCUUUACCGAUUAAUAAAAUCUGUUUCUCAUUCCUUAUGUUAAAAUGGUUGUAUGCAAUUGGGUUUGCUGUUUAGUUAGACCCCCCCCAGAAACAGCACCACUCUUGUCCAUAGGUAGGGUCUGGUAUUGCAGCUCAGUUUCAUGUAAGUGAUUGUGGCCCAACUGCAGUAUCAGAUGUGUUCCAUGAGCGGCGCUGUUUCUGGGAUUACAAAAAUAGACCUUGUUUCUAAUCUCAGACAACAGCUUUAAAGGGGUUGUCCCAUGAUUGAUGUAAAAAAUGAAAAUCAGACCUCAUUCGAAUCCGACCAGGGACAACAUCUGCAUGGAGUUUGUAUGUUCUCCCCGUGUUUGCG